CAAAGCUUUGCAGACGAUUCGGCUUCAAUGGUCCCAGACUCUCAACAACUUGAAUUAGUACUACAACACUUCAAUUCAUUUUGCAAAGCCACUUCCUCAAAACUAAACAUCGACAAAUCUUCAUCAAUUCUUAUAGGCAACCCAGACAAUACCAACCAAAGAAUUCCAAUAUCUACAAAUCCAGAAAGAUACUUGGGAUACUUCUUCACAGGCAAAGGGAUAACAAGAAAAAUGCCAGAAAUAUUAAACACAAUAAGAUCAUCCUUAGUACUAUGGAAAACCACUGACUCAACAAUCAAAACCAAAACCAACAUCCUCAAAGCAUUCGCACUCUCUAAAUUAACCUACUAUUCAUAUGUAGAGAACUUUAAGGAAGAGGAAUUAAACCAAAUCAAUAAAUUGGUCGAAUGGUUUUUAUCGGCACCUAACAACAAAAAUGCUAGUGGAUUUCAAGUUAUUAAUUUAAUGAGAACCAAAAGAGCAAGAUACCCACUAAAUGUAGGGGGCUGGAACAUUUGGAAUAUAGAAUUGAGACAACUGGCGCAGAAACUUUGGAUCAUAAACCAGUUCAUCCUAGCACUAGAAACCAAACAAACAAACUCAUCUCAUCACAAAAGCUGGGAAUAUCAGAUCCAAAAAAACAAAUUCACAUCCAGAUACCUAAAAGAAAACUUAGACGAAUGGAACAAAAUAAGAAUAAAAAAAGCAAUCUUCAACAAUAAUCUCACAUCCAUAAAAAACGAAAAUGGACAACCACUUUCACUGGCAGAAUGGUAUACCACAAUUCAAGACCAAAAUCCAACCAUCCCUAAAACGGAAUUCCAAUCAUCUCUAAACUUAAGAGGCUACAGCUAUAAUCAACUCUUCAACAACAUACUGAAGAUAAAAGACCCUAAAACAAGAGACACAAUGUUUAGAUUCCAUGCCAGAUGCCUUCCAAUAAACUACCUUCACAACAAACAAUGCCCACUCUGCAAAGAAGAUAUGAGCAAAGACCCAUACGGUCACCUGUUCUUCUCAUGCAAGAAAACAAAACAAUUCAUAAAAAUAAAUAAACUCAAAAAUUUCAUCUAUAUUACCACAGGCAAAGGUAAAAACUGGCACCAUACAAGAAUUAGGCAAAAUAACAAUUUCAUUAAUAGAAUAACUCCAAAAUUAUCACCGAUAGCCAAAAAAGAUCAAGAAGUGAAUGCAGAUUACGCCAACCUCAGAUUCCACAAAGAAUACUUUGAAUGGAACUAUAAAGCAAUAGACUAUGAUCUAACUAGAUCAUUCGCAUAUAGAAACCUAAUGGCCCUUAUCCUCCACAACAUUUGGAUUUGGAUUUGCAAUCAAAUAUACAGUGAAGAUCCUUUAACAGAUGAAUCACUAUCAUACAGCUCCCUUCUAAAGAAAUGGCACAAAUUGGCCACUCUAGAAUACAUCAAAAAAGCAAAAGAUCUGAAAAACUUAUCAGCAAAAGACCAUAAUAACUUCAAAGAUCCUAAGAUCCUUCUCACUUCAACGAUCAAGCUAAGAAAAACAACAGCUAAUUACUAUUGUAUUCCAGAAUCAUCUCUCCCAAAUAUUAUAUCUUUUGAUCAAUUCAUAUGA